GAGGAGCGGCUCUUCUCUCUCGAUGCUAUCUCGCCUCCCCCUGUGAAGCUGCGUUUGAUCCUGUUCCUUUAAGCUGCAGCUGCUUGUUUGUGUGUUUGUUUUUCUACAUUUUAAUAUCCCCAUCUUUGCUGCUGGCCGGUCUGUCUACUGUACACCCAUCACCAUCUGUAGCCAUGUCGGACUCUGAGGACAUGACGGAGUUCGCCAGCAUCGUGGAGCGGAUCGAGCGGGGCGAGGUCCCGAUCAAGAACAUCGAGAGGGAGCUGAUCUGCCCCAUCUGUAAGGAGCUCUUCACCCACCCGCUGAUCCUGCCCUGCCAGCACAGCGUCUGCCACAAGUGUGUGAGGGAGCUGCUGAUGCUAAACCAUGAGGACUCUUUUGACGCCGGCUCCGAGUGCUCCCUGCCGGGCAGCCCCAGGUCCAGGGUGCCCUCGCCUUCCAUGGAGAGGCUGGACAGGCUUGUGAGAUCAGGCUCCAUCUCGUCCCCGGGGUGGCGCAGAGGAUCUGUGACUCCUCGGGUCACCACCAUUCCAUGCCCCGGCUGCCAGCACGACAUCGACCUUGGCGAGCGCGGCAUCAGCAUGUUGUUCCGUAACUUCACCCUGGAGAGCAUCGUCGAGCGCUACCGCCAGGCUGCCCGCGCAGCUGUCGCCAUCAUGUGCAACAUCUGUAAGCCUCCACAGCAGCAAGAGGCCACGAAGAGCUGUAUGGACUGCAAGGCUAGCUACUGUAACGAGUGCUUCAAGCUGCACCACCCCUGGGGCACGCCCAAAGCUCAGCACGAGUAUGUUGGCCCCACCACGAAUUUUAGGCCCAAGGUGCUCAUGUGUCCAGAGCACGAGAUGGAGAAGGUGAACAUGUACUGUGAGGUCUGCAGACGACCCGUGUGUCACUUGUGUAAGCUGGGAGGAUCUCACGCCAACCACAAAGUCACCACAAUGAGCAGUGCCUACAAGAUCCUCAAGGAGAAGCUGGCCAAGAGUAUCCAUUACCUCAUCAGCAAGGAGGACCAGGUCAGGACUCAGAUUACAGACCUUGAUCUGCUCAUCAGUCAGACCGAGGAAAAUGGCCAGCUAGCAGAGCGUCAAGCCAACGAGCACUUUGAGCGUCUGUUUGAGACUCUGCAGGAGAGGAAAUCAGAGAUGCUGAGGUCCAUCGAGCAGUCACGAAACCGACGCCUGGACCACCUCAGGGCCCAGGUGGAGGAGUACCAGGGCAUGCUGGAGAACAGUGGUCUAGUAGGCUACGCUCAGGAGGUGCUGAAAGAGACCGAUCAGUCCUGCUUUGUACAGACUGCAAAGCAGCUACACACCAGGAUCCAGAAGGCUACAGAGUCUCUGAGGACCUUCCACCCUUCAGCCGACCCCUGCUUUGACGAGUUUGUGUUGGACACAUCCAGAGAGGAAACUCUGUUGAAGGAGAUGUGCUUUGGUGGAGUUCCAGACCCUCCUCUGAUUGAUUUGUCCAGUAGCAAAGUCUACAACGAGGCCUCAAUCUGCUGGAGGCUGUCCGAUGACCACCUGCCUACUGAUCACCACAUGCUUGAAUACCGCAGACUCGGGGGCCCGAGCCAGUCCCCAUCCCAGGAGGACGGUGAGGACAGUGGGGUCUGGAGGGCUACAGACAGGGUGUACGGCCCCAGCGCUGUGGUGUGUGACCUUGACCCCAACAGCCUGUACGCCUUCAGGGUCCGGAGCUGCAGGAACUCCAUGUUCAGCCCCUACAGCCCCGAGGUCACCUUUCACACACCACCUGCACCUGCUUUUGGAUUCCUGUUCAGCGACAAGUGUGGCUUCAGUACGGAGCGGCUCAUUCUGAACAAGCGACGGGACACUGUGGAGAACGUAGCAGGCAUGGCCUUCCUCCUCGCAGCAGAUCGUGUGCAGACGGGCAGCUACAUCGGACUAGACUACAUAAUUGGGGACACGGGCAUCUCUCAGGGAAGACACUACUGGGCCUUCAAGGUGGAGCCGUACUCCUACAUGGUUAAAGUUGGAGUGGCUUCUGACUCAAAGCUGCUUGAAUGGUUUCACAAUCCCAGAGAUACCAGCAGCCCAAGGUAUGACCAUGACAGCGGGCAUGACAGCGGCAGCGAGGACACAUGCUACGAGCUCUCCCAGCCCUUCACCCUCCUCACCCUGGGCAUGGGCAAACUCUUCAUCCCUAAGACUUCUUCCUCCUCCUCCGUUUCCACGGCAAACGCCCCGCCCGGCGACCCUGGCAACCGCGUGCUUCCCAUGCCACAGCGCUUGGGCGUAUGCCUAGAUUACGACGCAUGCCGUGUGUAUUUCUACGACGCCGACACCAUGAGGUGCCUUUACGAGAGGCAGGUGGAUUGUUCAGGAACAAUGUAUCCAGCGUUCGGCCUCAUGGGCAGCGGCAAGGUCCAACUGGAAGAGUUCAUCACCGCUAAGAGACUGACCUUCUGAGGAGGGACGGGAGUGGGUUGAUGCAUUAGUUUCUGCGUCUAAUUAAUCUAUGGCAUGUUCUGGGAAGGGAGGGUUUUAUCGACAGGGUGAUGGAGUACAAUCCAACCGAUGAGGCAGAUGUGAUAAGGACCUUUAUGGGUCCUAAAUGUGAAAAUGGGAUCUCUGCCAGAACUGGCCUAUUUAGAGUUGGUAUGUAAUCGUGUAUGAUCCACAUACAAGAGCAUGCCACUGAAUAUUAGUGUCCACGUACAAAUGUCUCCAGAGAUUGGUAUAUAUGGUAUGUGAAAGGUCUUCUCUACAUACCAAAGUCUCUGUUUCUAUCUCUCUAUUUGACAUGGUUUUAAUUGUCAGCUAUAAUCAGCUGUUAAUGCAGUGUAAUUGGCUGCAAAGUUAGUCUGCAGCUACUUUAAAUCUUUAUGGUUUUAACAUUAAACGCCUUCGAGCUCACACUUACACCUCUUCUGUUGCCAGGUUUAUGUUCAUAGAUUAUUUUGUGUGUAUUGAUUAUUGGGUGAUCUUUGUUUCUUUGGCUCCUUUCUGUAACUAUUUGUCUAAAUGUAGCAGCAUAGGUUUAGAUGUAAUCUUGGUGGACCUGAGAGAGCCUUGUAGCUACUUUUAAAGCUAGCGCCUUUGUGCCUUUUUUUUUUUUUUUAGGGAAUGGCUCACUUAGUUUGCUCUAGCAAGCAGAUGUUGGUGUCUUUGCACAAGCAUUAUGGACAUGUUUAUCAGCAUAAAUACUGUAUGUGAGUUUUUACUGUAGGUAGAGUUUGAUCACAGACACUGGUGUCAAAGUUAUAAUAGUUAAUAGUAUUCAUUAUGACUUGUUACUCACUUAUUUACUCUUGACUUCAUCACAGAAAACACUACUUUUCUUCCAUGUCACAAUUAUUAUUAUUUUUUUGUUGAGCUGUUUUUGCACAAUAUGAUGAAAGAAGCCUCGCACAUGAUAAACCUUUACAAUCAUCACGUAUUGAUCACUACCUAAAUAGCUUCUUCACACUUUUAAAUGUUGUAAACAUAAUCAGCACAUAGAUGUCACACGGUGACUGUCACACUCACACACAUAUUCACCUUUUCCUAAUAUGAGCAAGCAUGACUCCUGGAAUACUUACUUGGAUUUAAAAGCCUCUCACUGUUUGCACAGCACUGAAAGUGGCUUUCAGCAUCAUAAAACCAGCCAGGUACCAGAACACCUUGUACUUGUAGUCAACAUUAGUUUGACAGCUGCAAAGUCACUAAUAGCCAAAGCGUGUUGGUUUCUGGUGCUGACUUAAGUGCAACUCACAGCUCCGUGUUUCUAACAGCCUUUAAACACAGUUAGGAAACGAACAAGAAACACAGUUAUGCAGUUCUUACAAAAGUGCUAUCGCUAAACACACUGUUCAGUACCUUUUUUACUAUCAAAACCACCGUUUACUUGCAGUGCAGACACAGGAACUGUAACAUAUUAGCAUGUCACCGGUGAGUUUGGCUAUCAGACAGACACCUAAGUGGUUGAUUGGCUUUGAUUUUAAAAUGGCUCAGAUAUUCAAGUCUAAGACGGCACACUAGACAGACUGUUUGCUUGGCAACCACACUUGUGUUUUGUAAUUGACGUAUACUGUAAAUGUGCCUGCACGUAGGGUUUGUUUGUACAUUCAUGUAUAUUUUGAUUUCUGGAGGGUUAGGGUAAUCGGUGUGUGCGUUUUCUCAGGUUUCUGGCCCUGAUUUGGGGCCUAAUGCUACCUACCUCUAUCCGUCAGGCCUGGAAAACCUUAACUACUGUACCUUUCCUCACAGAAACGAGUUCGGUUUUGAUUUGCAGCUUUGUCCACAACAGUCAGUUCGAUAUCUCCGCCUUCUCUCUAACGUCAGAUAAUAAGCUGAUCUUUCAAAAUGUUUGAUUUAACUUCCAUGUACAUAUUAAUCCAGAGUAUAUUAUUUUCAGUGAAAUAAAGUACAUCUUAAAUGUUAUUAGUUGGUAUUUGCUUGUGGACUUAAAAGACGUGUGUCACUAUUGGUGGAAAUAACUGUAAACGGAUGUUACUUUGUUCGGCUGCCUUUUUAUCAAGGGAGUGUUUUUCAAAUGGUUCUAACAACCUUUUCUUCCUCUGUUUUGUGGUGUUGGUUUGAUUACUCGAUUUUAAAUAUUUCUGUUAUGAGUGUGGAAGUUUUUGUUUUGGGUUAAAAGCAUUUAAUAAACUCAUGUUCUUGCAUUUAGCUGAACAGAAACGUUCUCCAGUCUCCAAAUGAAAUAAUGGAUUUCUGUGACUGUGCAUAUUGUCUCACAGGUGUUUCUGUCAUUGAUUUCACUCCAACCAUCAGAGGUCACAGCCAUUGAACCCUGACUCCUGUAUUU